AUGAUUCCUGGGAUCAAAAUUAUCGCCGCUGGUCUAUAUGGUAUCAGACCCAUCCAAGCAACAUACAACAUACAGACUCUAGUAGACUCUAGUCUCGUUGAGGGACUAGAGGACAUACUUGCCCAACGGGCUAGAUAUGGGUCGUCACAAAAACACGAUCCGAUGGUCUACAGUGCCUCCCAGUAUACGGGAUGGACUAUGAAUCCCGAAUUUAAUAUCCCUACACGGGCGGGCAUUAUCUCCAAUAUGGUACUCAGCAACAUUACUAACGUUGAGGGCUUGAAAAAAUCCGCUACAAACAUUUCAGCUGCCGAAAUCAAUCUAAACAUUCCUGCGAUUUCGGUUGGUGUCACAUGCAAAAUCCUUCCGUUGGGUGUUGCGGCCAGGUACCAUAAGUGCACAUCCGGAGAAGCCUUCGAAUUUUCCUUUCAUUGCCUCCAUCACGACUGCGAUGUGGGUCUGGCUUGGGACGACCUUUCUGCUGAAUCUGGAUCAGAGUCAUGCAGCUAUCGAGAAUUUAAAAGAUUCAAGGGUUCGACAAAUCACGAUCGGAAACAAAGCUACAAGAUUGUUCUAGCUGACUUCCAAAACAUCGAAGGACCAGUUGGAAACACAAUAUAUAUCGACGAUAUAUUUGGGAGUUUUGUUGAGCCAUAUAUGUUCAACGUCUUCCUACCAACUGCUAGAUCCGUAAGUUGCUGUAGCAACCUUACAAGAAUUACAGUAGACACGACGUUUUCACGGAAAAGCAACGCGGAUGUUUCUUCAUGGAACCCCAUUAGGGUUAAUACAUCAACUAUUCGACGCGGGAGCCAAUACAUUAACUCAAGUUCGAUAGCUCCAGCGGCAGCGUAUUAUAAUGGUUUCCCAAUAAACCUAUUGGACCAAACAGCCUCCGCUUCUGGUAAGAUCAGUAGCUCAACACUAUGGCCAUCACGCAGUAGCGGCACUUCCUUCUUCGAGCUUCUCGCUGGAUAUGCAGAGUACAAACUCGGCAAUCUCACAGCUAUUCUAGACCUGGACACAUUCAUUGCCGCAUCAGAAGCCGUCUACACCUCAUACGUCACCAACAUGCUCACUGAACUCCGUCCGCUCGCUUCGAAUGCAUCAAGGGCCCCGCCGCAGACAUUUUCCGGCACCAUAACCUACCCAGAGGCUAGAAUCAUCCAGAAUCUAACACCUACAAUCGUACUAGAGUGUUUGCUUGGGAUGAUGCUGCUGUUUCUUUUAUGGGUAUCUUUACGGUUUCCAAAUGACGCUAUCCUUCCGAAGAACCCUGGAUCUAUUGCUGCGACAGCCUCACUCUUGGCCAACAGUGGGCUUGUGGAAAGGUUGAGGAAAGAGAAAAUUACCAGUACACGGGACACGGAUCUCUGGAGCCAGAAAGCAGCGCUGGGAUGGUGGCCGGUGACGAAUCCUCUUCCUAAGCUGGAGGAUGUUUCAGGAGACCAGCAAUCAUUCAGUGAUAGAAUGGAUAGCAUUGCGCAUGGCAAUGGACAAAAUGGACACGAGAACAGCACACGAAAUGAUACUGAGGGUAGUGAUGAAGGAGACAGACGAGCUGAAAACCAAGCACUGGACGAUAAUAAUCGCGGCAACGAUCACGAACAGGAAGACAACCUCAGGCUAAAUGACACAAUCUAUCCGGUUGAAGGGGGAGAAGGCGAAAAUUUAAGUAGACGUGGAUCCGCAGACAACGGCCCUACCGAAAAUGAGCCCGCAAAAAACCAACCUACCGACAAUGAACCUACCAACAUCGAAUCUACCGACAAUGCAGUCAUUGACGUUGAACUCAACAACAACAGUGGGCCCAACGACAAUGCGUCUACCUCCAAUCGGAACAGUGAGGGAGAAACAGACAGACGCCAUGACAGCGACCCCAACAACACCUAA